GACAAACUAACUUUAGUUAGAAGUUAACAAAAUGAAGUUCGUUUGUGCAACAGUAUUGCUCCUCGUUGUCAUUAUCGGCGCCAAUGCCGUCGACUGGCAGUCCCUGAAGUCGAUGGAGAUUGAGCCCAAGAUACCGACGAUUCGUCAUCGCAAUGGACCUGGUGGCCGAAUUACCAAGGGUGAGACGGCUGGCCGCAAUCAGUUCCCCUACCAGGCGGGACUCAUGCUUUACGUUAACGGAGGAGCUGCCUGGUGCGGCGGAUCUUUGAUCAGUGAUCGCUACGUUGUCACGGCUGCUCACUGCACGGAUGCUCUGACCACCGGUGUGGAUGUCUAUCUGGGUGCCUGGGAUCGUACUGAUAAAAAGGAGGCUGGCCAACAGAUCAUUUUUGUGCAAGCGAAGAAUGUGGUUGUCCACGAGCAUUGGGACGCUGAUGCAAUUGUCAAUGACAUCUCCUUGAUCAAGCUACCCGUUCCAAUUGAAUUUAAUGAAUUCAUUCAGCCAGUCAACCUACCCCAGAAGUCCGGCAAGUACGAAACCUACGCCGAUGAGAGCGCUAUCUCUUCAGGCUGGGGCAAAACUGCCGACUCUGAGAAGGGCGCCACCGACAUUCUGCAAUGGAUUACCUCGCCCAUCAUGAAGAACUCGGGCUGCUCUAUAUGGUACGGUGGUAUUAUUAACUCUAACCAAAUUUGCAUCAAGACCACCGGGGGCAUUUCCACCUGCAACGGCGACUCUGGCGGUCCUCUGGUGCUGGCUGAUGGCAGCAACACUCUCAUUGGCGCUACUUCCUUUGGAAUCGCUCUCGGAUGCGAGAAGGGCUGGCCAGGUGUAUUCACCCGCAUCACCUCGUUUGUAGACUGGAUUGAGCAGCACUCCGGUGUGGUCAACAAUGGUCUCUAAAUGGGCGCUUGAUUGACUUAAAAUAAAUGUUUAUUGAAAGCUA